AUGGACCUGCCUGUAGAAGAGUGGCAGUCCCACAUCCACAGAAGGUGGCUGCGGCUCCAGCCGUCUGUCCAGACAUCAUUCUCUAGAACAGACGCAGAUGCCCUAUGGGAGAUUGUGCUGCAUUGCUCUGCGCUACUCCAACCUGAAGAUGAGGAACUUCUACAAAGACUUGCCGAAGGUUACUCAGUGGAGAAGGAUCCAAACGCCUACCUAUUUUAUAAAGAAGAAGGAAACAGAGAAUUCCAGAAGAAGGCCUACAAGGCUGCAGCCAUCCUCUACUCAAAGGGAACAUGCCAUGCUAAACCGAACACUCAGGAAAUGUCAUUGUGCUUUGCCAACCGCUCUGCAGCCUUCUUCCAUCUGGCUCAGUAUGAGACUUGUCUUGAAGACAUCGGGAGAGCCCAGAUGCAUGGGUACCCAGAAGGGUUACAGCCCAAGUUGAUGCUGCGCAAGGCCGAAUGCCUCGUGGCCCUGGGCAGGCGGCAAGAGGCAGCCCUGGCCCUCCGUGCCCUGGAGCAGAACAUCUCAGCCCAUCAGGCCGGUGCUGGGGCCCCGCAUCUCCAGGCCCUGCAGAGGAGGCUCAGCCACCUGAGAACCAGAGUGCAGGAGGACCAGGACCCUGCACGAGCUCAUCCCAUCAGUCUAGCACAGACCUCAAAGGAGGCCGGUCUGAAGGCCAAAAACAGCUGGAUUCCCAACGCGUCCUCCUCUGUGAGCUUGUGCAGUGACCCUUCCAGAGGACGCUAUCUGGUUGCCACAGAGGACAUUCUUCCAGGUGAACUCCUAGUGAAAGAGGAGGCUUUCGUGAGUGUCCUCAAUCCCGGAGAGACAUCAUGGCUGCGGCCUGGCCCAGGGGCCAAGUGGGACAGUAGAGCCGCCGCCGGGGACGUCCACUGUCACCGGUGUUUGAAGCCCGUGUGGGCUACGAUUCCCUGUCAGGAAUGCAGCUAUGCCAGGUACUGCAGCCAGCAGUGUAUGCAGCAGGCCUGGGAGCGCUAUCACAGGACCGAGUGUCCCCUGGGGGGGACGCUGCUCGCCCUGGGAGUCUUUUGCCACGUGGCCCUGAGGACAGUCCUCCUGGCUGGAUUGGAGGUCGUUGGCAAACUUGUAAAGCCCUUUCAGGGAACAGUAAACUCCCAAGGCCGGACUCCAAUGGAAACACCAGAUGCACCGGCCAUUCUCAGGGGGGACCAAACUAGCAGUUUGUCCAGGAUGCCAAUCCCAGGAUGUGACAGGGAUGGCACUUACCAGAGUGCUUACUAUGCCCUCUUCCACCUCUUGCCCCACACCGAGAAGCACAGCCCAGAGCACAAGUUCCUCUGUGGCCUGAGCAUCCUGGCCUUGUGCAAGAAGCUGGGAGAAGCCACGCAGCCUUCGCCCCAGACAGCUCAGGGGCCCUGUGAGCCGGAGGCAGAGGCAUCAGGGCUGAGCGCCUGGGCAGUGGCCAUGCUGAGGCAUGUGCUUCAGCUGCACUGCAAUGCCCAGGGAGUGACUGCUCUCCAAGAGGCGGGAUCUGAAGGGGACCUCAUUACAGAGCGCAGGCAGGUCCGCCUCGCCACAGGCUUCUUCCCUGUCAUCAGCCUGCUGAACCACUCGUGCCGCCCCAACACCAGCCUGUCCUUCAGGGGCUCAGUGGGCAUCAUCCAGGCAUCACGGCUCAUUGCACAAGGGGAAGAGAUCCUCCAUUGUUAUGGGCCUCAUGAGUGCCGCAUGGAUGUCACUACAAGGCAGCAGAAGCUGAGAUCUCAGUAUUUCUUUGACUGCCACUGCCAGGCCUGUCAGAAUGAGGAGGUGUGCCCAGCUAGCACGGCACCAAAGCCAGGCCGGUUCCGUUGUCCCUCGUGCAAGGCAGCUCUGCAGGGAGACGACAUCCUGUGCUGUGACAACAGAGCCUGCACAGCCUCUGUGAGCAGGGCUCAGCUGGAGCACCAGGUACAAGACCUUCGGCAGCGGGUGAAGGCAGCCCUGGAGCUGCUCAGAGAUGACAGAUCGGCUCAAGCUGUCCGGCUUUUGUUGGGGUGCCAGCAAGAUGCUGAGAACUUCUUGUCCUCAGAGCACAUAUUGAUGGGAGAGAUUGAGGACCACUUGGCCCAGGCAUAUGCCAGCCUCGGGGACUGGCCCAGGUCUGCAACCCACCUGCAAAACAGCCUCCUGGCGGUAGAGGCCCGGCACGGACCAGCCAGUGUGGAGAUGGGCCAUGAGCUCUUCAAGUUGGCCCAGGUCCUUUUCAACGGGUUUGCAGUCUCCAAAGCCUUGCAUGCGAUAGAGAAGGCGGAGAAGGUUCUGUCCAUUCACUACGACCCCGAAAAUGAGCAGAUGCAGGAGCUGCAGCAGAUGAAAGCGUGCUUGCUGGAGCUGCCGGGCCUCCCCGUGGGGCCCGCACACGGGCUCGUGGGAAAGUGAGGCUGGCCAUGGCCAGAGAGGCCCUGGGCACCCUCACACCAAUUGUCUGUCGAGUUGCCGGUGAGCUGCCGCUGGCGAGUGACCUGGAGCCGUGGCCAGCCGCGAAAGCCUCUGCGCCCCCCAACCUAGCAGCCCCCGACUGGCGAGUGCCCCCAGGGGUUAGAGGUGGAGACUUGUACACCAAGCAAGGUGUCGGUGGCAGACACUGGAAAUCGGUGGGUAUCUGUCAGCUGGAAAAUGGCUGACAAUUAUCUGUGACUAAGGGAGUCAUAGUAUUGCACUGUAAAAAAUGUCGGAUGGAAAGAAUGCCUGGAAACUUGAGGAGGCUUCCAUGGAUUGAUGCAGAGUGAAUUAAGCAAUCUGAGGGAAGUUUACCCCCCGACCAUUAUAAUGUAAAAGAAAACUGCAGCGAAGGACAUCAGGGACCAGGCCCAGCUCCCAAGGACUGAGAGUCAAGCUGACCUCCCUCCACUUGAUGAAGAGGUGGUGAACCAUGGAUACAGAAUGAAGCGUAUGUUGUCAGGGGAUACGGUAGAUUAAUUGUAUUUCUCUGUUACAAGUCGAAAUAAGUCCAGUAUUAGGAAAUAGCAGUUGUUUCUUUCUGUCUUUUUUUAAACAUCAGCAAACCUUCGAAAAAGAAACAAUAGGUGUCCUACAGGAAAAUCCCAUGCCUGGUGUGUGAUACGGGGCAAAGGCAGGGGAGCAUUACUCCCAAGAUACCCCUUUGGGAAAGAUGGGCUUUCAAAGACUGCAUUGUUCAGAGUGCUGUUCCCUGAAAUGAGAGAAUGGCCCAGACUGAAAACUGGCCCCCUCCGAUGACUAAAAUGGGCAUCUAGAGACACCGCGUUCCAUUGGAAGGAGCUGGACUUUCCUGAGGAAUCUGAGUCUGGGCCUCGGGACUCAUGGCCAGGGUCCAGCCCACUAAAUUGUUAAGAGGCAGCUUCAGUGGAACACGCCCGUUGUUCCCAGUGGUUACACGAUGCCGUGGACACCGCAGAGGGGAUUGAACUAAUGGCAAUAGUCAUUAAGAACAAAAAGAUCAUUAUAGGAAAUGAUGGCGUUGAUGUGGUUUCUUCCCUCUAAGAAGUACGUUGGGCUUCCCAGAUGGGAUCGCAUUCCCCUGGGGGUCGGAGUGUUCAUGGGAUGGGCUCUUGAGCAGCUCCAGAUUUGGCUGGAGCCAUUUUUGCAGUUUUCUUUCCCUUUAGUUUCC